CAUCCCCAUAUCUCCAACAUGCUUCUUCAAGGAAACUUCUCCCUUCCCUUCCGAUCACCCCUUUCCCUCCGAUCUCCCACCGUCCACCACCACCCUCGCCGAUUCUCCUUCGCGGCGGCGCAACACCAGUACGCCAUCUCCGACGAAGACCUAGAAUCUCGUGGGUUCACCCUCCGUCGCACAAUCGAAGACCUAAACCUCGACCACCUGAACUCCGUCUUCGUGGCGGUGGGUUUUCCGAAGCGGGACACCGACAAGAUUAAAGUGGCAUUGGAGCACACAGACUCGUUGUUGUGGGUGGAGUACGAGAAGACGAAGCGACCGGUGGCGUUUGCCAGAGCGACCGGCGAUGGCGUGUUUAAUGCCAUCAUAUGGGAUGUGGUGGUGGAUCCGACGUUCCAAGGGAUUGGGUUGGGGAAGGCGGUGAUCGAAAGAGUGGUGGAGGAGCUUUUGCAGAAGGGGAUUACGAAUAUAGCUUUGUAUUCGGAGCCCCGAGUGUUGGGAUUCUAUCGACCUCUCGGGUUUGUUUCGGAUCCGGAGGGGAUCCGAGGAAUGGUGUACUCGAGAAAGAAGAAGAAAUAAUGGUUGCAUCCGACGACCCAAUGAGUUUUUUUUUAUUUAUUAAUUAAGAAAUUAUUUCUUCUAUUAUA